AUGGGCACCAUCGACAACCUUCUGGUCAGCCUCGACCAGAGCGUCACAGGCCUCUUUGGACAAUGGAAUAGCUACACAACCGCCAUGGUGACCUUCCUGGUCAUCAUUGUGUCCUAUCGUAUUGCUGCCAGCCAGGAGCCCGACACGCAUCCAAUGUUACUUGCCCGCCAGGCGCAAGGCUCGCCUGUUCGACAAGAGGGCGAGUCGCCCGUCUACCGAGCCCACGCCUCACCGCACGGCAUGCCUCUCAAUAGUGGACUGAACGUCAAGGACUCUGGGGCCUCGAAGUGGUCUAGAGGAAGAGACGGUGAUCUCCGCGACAUUUGGAGGAGGGCCGCUGGCGGCACGCCCGACGAAGACGGCAAGCCUGCCUCGGGCAAGGGCCGCCUCCUCACGGUCCAUGGUGCCCGUCAAGUCAUCGAGGCUAAUAUUGACGAUGUGACGCGCCAGAUCAACCUCAUCGGCCAGCACAUUCACGAGCAGGGUGGAAUCCGAGUGGCCAUCUACCUUCCCAACUCGAUCGAGCUGAUUGCUGCGCUCUUUGCAUGCAGCUUCUACUCCAACCUGACCGCCAUCCUCAUCCCCUUCGACGUCUCCGACGAAGAGCUCAUCUCUAUGCUGCGCCGUUCCGCCGCCGACACCGUCGUCACUGCGCCCGGCGCCUUCCCCUUCGAUGCUGUGGUCAAGGCCUACCCAUCACUGCGCCAGCUGAUCUGGGUUGUCGACGAGGGCAGCAAGCACAUGGACUGGAACGAGGUACCCGAGGGCAUGGGAGGGUCCGUCAACGUCGCAACGUGGCAGGAAAUUGUUCAGGAGGCCCCGGCCGCCGCAGGCCUCGAACUGCCGCCCGUGGCUGGGCAGCACGAGCCGGCGGACAUCAUCACUUUCUGGCAGUCGAGGGCCGGCACCAUGGAGGAGAUGGUGCGGUUCUCGCAAGCCAACCUGAUCGCCGGCAUCGCCGCUCAGCUGGCGGCGCUCCCCGUCUCUCAGCGUCUGGGCCCUUCCGACCUCUUCCUCCCCGUCGACUCCCUGACGAACACGCAUCGCGCCGACGGUUAUUGUGCCUCGCCGGAGACGCUGCUCAAGACCCACCACGAGACCACGAGCAAGCUCACGUCGGCCCUGGCCAGGCUGUCCUACUGGCUCAAGUCGCGCAGCCUCGUGGACUACGGCAUCAUGCCCGUCGCAUCGGUCGCCACCAGCUUUGGUGACGCUUACCUCCCCGCCAUUGGAACCACGCCCGGCAAGCUCCGCGUCGUGUACACGGCCGAGAGGGUCGGCGCGCAUUCUGUCCCGCUGUCACCUCGAGAGCUUUCGGAUCUUCGCGUUUUCCUCGGUGCGCGCGUCAUCUACGCGCUGACAGCCUCCAAGGUUGCCGGUGCUGUCACGCAGACAGGGUACUAUGAUUACAGGGUGCACGGCCAGGACAGCCAGCGCUCUCACUUUGGCCCGCCCGUCACGAGCACCGAGAUUCUUCUCCGCGAUACGGCGGAUCUGAAGACGACGGACGAGGUGUCUCAGGGACAGAUUAUCGUUCGGGGUCCCUCGGUGGCUGGUGGUGAAGCCGCGCUCGGCGUGUUUGCCAGGAUGAGCGAUGACAACACGGUGUCUUAUGUUUGA